AUGGAGUCGACAAUGCAGCAACGGCGUGAUGAGAUUCUCGCAAAGAAGGCCAAGCUGGCCGAGUUGAAGCGCCAGCGCGAACUGAGAAAGGCCGAGUCUGCUAGCAGGCAGUCGAUGACCGGUAGCCCGCUAGGAGAAGUCCUUUCACCAACUCCAAGACGCAGCGAAGACCUCGACCGCAGGACCGACGUCACCAACCUCAUCAACAGCAUCCUCGGCGAAAGUAGACCUGGCUCUACACAGCCUGGCUCACCAGCAGGCGCAGGCCGAGCAACUCGCCCAACAUCGGUAGUCAGCGCAGGACAACUGAGCAGCGACAAUGAAGGCUCGUCUGGCUUCCAAGCGCCUGCCGGCAUGGUGGACCGAGAAAUGCAGACGCUGUCCCUUGGCCCGCUAGCCACAGUCUACGAGACUGACGGCAUUGUCACCAACGAGGUCAAGAAGGAGAAGGAGAUUAUCACAUAUAGCAAGGGUGUACAAGCAAGCAUAGAGUGGAGCCCAUCAAAAGACCGCGGGGUUGGAGGAAGUGACACAGAGCGCGAUGAGAGCCCGACGCGGUCACCAAAGAGCAAGCGACUAAGCCGGAGACAGAAAGAGAGAGACGAAGAGAUUAGAGCGCAACUGCGGAAAGAAAUCGAAGAGGAGCUCAAGGCCGUCCAGCAAGCGCCUGACGAUGGUGCACCGCAGCCAGGCUCAGACGAGAACUUCCCGUUCAAGACACUCACAAACGAAGAAUUAACGGCUGUAGAGAACUCAGAAGACUUCAUUGGCUUUGUGGAGCGCAGUACCAAGGUGUUGGAACGAGCGCUCGACCAACAACUUGGCUACGACAUCUUGGCAGACUAUGCAAUUGGCGGCGUAGAUGUCGACGACGACGAUGAGGGUUAUGGCUCCAGUGGGGGCAAGAAGGGCCGACGGAUCAAGGAGAUUGCACAAUUCUGGGAUGAACGGUGGAGCAAGAAGAGGAUGAUCUCGGAUCUGGGCUUCUCAACAAAGUUUCCAGAACUCGUCCUUGCGUCGUAUACAAAGAACCCGUCCGCUCCGCACGACCCAGACGGGCUCGUACAAGUUUGGAAUAUGCACAUGCACGACAGACCCGAGUACAUCUUCCACGCUCAAUCUGAUAUUCUCACCGCCAAGUUCUCGCCGUUCCACCCUAAUCUUAUCAUCGGAGGCGCGUACUCAGGGCAAGUGCUGCUUUGGGACACUCGCGCCAAGUCUGCGCCAGUGCAGAAGACACCACUUACUGGUUCUGGUCACACACACCCGGUCUAUUCAUUAGACAUUGUCGGAACGCAGAACGCGAACAACAUCAUCUCAUGUUCGACGGACGGUGUUGUAUGCGGAUGGACUGUGGAUAUGCUGUCACAGCCUCAAGAGUUCCUGGAAUUGACAUCGCCACCACCAGCCAAGACAGAUGAUAUGGCGGUAACCAGUAUUGCCUUCCCUCAAUCGGAUCCGACCUAUUUCCUUGCAGGCACAGAAGAGGGUACCAUCUACCCAUGUCAUCGCUACGACCGCGCUGGCGCAAAGGCAGGCGUAGAUGGUCGUGUGAAAUACGCUGGCCAUGCCGCACCUGUCAUGAGCCUCGACUUCCAUCCCGCUAAGGGUCAGAUUGAUCUAGGCGACCUUGUCCUCUCAUCCAGUGUUGAUUGGAGUGUCAAACUCUGGAAAGUGCGUCCGCCGGCUGCCACAGGUGCAACCAACCCUACACUUCCUGGUGCUACACAACAAGUCACCCCUGUUCUUGAUAUUGCCCGCGAAGAUCUCGUCUACGACGUCCGAUGGUCGCCGGUGAAGCCUUCGGUCUUUGCGCUCGUUGAUGGAGCGGGAAGCCUCGAAGUUUGGGAUAUCAACGUCGAUGUCGAGGUGCCUGUUCAAUCUGUAAAGCCUAGUGAUGGCAAGCGUGGUGCGUUUACAAACAUGCCGACUGGUCUUGGCUACAUGAACCGUAGUCUCAACAAGUUGGCAUGGGAGAGGAACGAGGGACGCAGGGUUGCAGUGGGUGGCAUGGAUGGCGUCGUCACUGUGUUUGAGGUGGGCGAUGACCUUGGAGGUGUGCAAACACGUAGUGAGGAGUGGAGUGGCGUUAAGAGUGCGAUAACUUCCUGCAUUUCGGCGGUUAAGGGCUACUUUCCUUGCAAUACCACGCCCGUCCCAGACUAUACAUGCCUUUGCGAACAGUACCUAUGGCGCGUCUCAUGCUUUGACAACCAUGCAUUCAAUCCGGUAUCCCAUCCAGAUCGGCCAAUCACUGAAAAUUACAUGAACGCCUAUUGUCUCGCAGCCGGUAGCAUUGGCGCGGAGAAAGUACAACGAAACCAUCAGCUUCAACGGAGACAGAUCGGCGAUCUCUUAUCCAGUAUUGUUGGCGAUGUUUCUUCAGUGUUGUCGAGCAACGGCGUUGCGGUCCCCACGGCUAUCAUAGAGAGUGUAGCGGGUAGUGUGGUGAAUGCUUUACCCACACCAGCAAAUCCGACGAGCAUUGCUGCUGAGAUUACCGCGACAAGCGCAACAGAGGACGCAAGCAGCACAGCCAGCAGUAUUGCACAAACGUCGACAGGAGCAUCAUCAACCAGAAACGAGGCCUCAAGCACCGCAUCACAUGGAUCAACUUCAUCGAGCUCUGCCGCAGCGGCAUCAUCAUCUUCAAAUUCAAGCUCUGGACCAUCAACAGGUCUCAUAGCUGGUGUAGUGGUAGGAGGAGUCGCAGCUCUAGCCUUGAUUGGCAUCUUUAUCCUCCUUCUCCUGCGUCACAGAAAGAGGAAGUCCAGAACGGCAGCCAUGAACGACAAGGAGGCCAUUGCAGCAGCGUCUUCGUCGUCCGAUCAUUCCCCACCAACACAGGGUGCAUAUGCCCGUGUCCCACAACAGAAUGCGUACCCUACCACAACCACACUCCCUACGCAAACCGAUUUGUCCUCGACACAGCCGACGACAAUGAUGUCUCCAGUUUCGCCUGUAACACCAAGAGGCCAAGCACCAUGGGCGUCAACAUCAACUUUCGGAGGCGCGACAGCAACGGGAGCCGCAGGGCAUGCACUACACAGCUCCACCCCAGCGCCUAGAUACUCCGACGAAAAGCCACCACAGCGCCACCAAUACAUCGAUUCGAAGAUACCGGAAAGUAACGAGAUGCCUACAAACGCAAAUGUCUGGGAAAUAGAUGGUAGGGAAAUGCCGCCACCUAGCGAACUCGAUGCAGGAAAGAGAGACGGGUUGAACUUGGGGAACAUAGGAAGUAAUGCACAGGCACAAGGGCAGACUCAGCAACAAGAUUAUGUUGCGUACAGGCCGCUGAGCGUAGGGAACGGACAGUCGAAUUGGAGUGGUCAGAAUGGCGAGUUUCCGGGUAACAGACCGGUUGGUCAAGCCAUUUGA